AUGGCCCUGUGCGGGCAAACGCACCAACUCGUACGACAGGUGUGCGCGCUGGCCGCACGCCAGCUGCUGAUCUCAUGGGCGGGAAAGCCGGGCGCGGCGAUCGGCCGGGGCGGGGCGGCGCUCGCGAGGGGCGAGGGACAGCGCAGGGGAAUGAGCUUCUUUAGCCGUUCUGUGCCGCGGGGCCACAAGGAGCAGGCUGACUUCCUGCGGGAAUUGAAUCUGAGAGGCAAGGCUGAGGAAGUUGUGUCACACUUCGAGAGCGGGAACGUUGCCACCUCUGAGGGGACGCUUGCAGAGUAUGUCAAGGCGCUGGUCAAGAUGGAGGCACUGGACGGGUCUGCUCUGCUGCGAACAUUGGAGCGAGGAGCCAAUGGCAUUCGAUCGAGGAUGGCCACUUCGGCUGGUAGCUACGCAUCGCGAAACGGGGCACCUCGGUACCCGUUCAGUGCAAGGCCAGUUGCGCAGCCCGCAGCAAGGUCUGCAGCAGAGGCGGCCCCACGGCAAUCAGAGGCAGCAGAGCUGCUUACAAAUGCUGCUGCUUUUGGAACACAGAAGAAUCCCAUACAUGUUCUUCAGGCAGAGCCAAGCUUCAAGAGCCAGUUGUGGCGGACUGUGAGGACACUUCUCCUGACUUUCUUGUUGCUAUCUGGCCUUGGGGCGCUCAUUGAAGACAAGGCAAUGCCCAGGGGUGUACUUAACAAUCCAGACCUCAAACCAUUGUUGAACUCCCCAACACGCUUCGAUGACGUCAAGG